AUGUCUGACUGGGAUGCCUAUGGGGCUAACCCAAACCAAAGAAAGGUCUCAUGCAUGCUUAGCCGUGGGGGCUACACGCAGUAUGCUGGCGCCAAUGACAUUGACGGGAACGGGGUCACCAUCGACUCGGGGUUGCUAGAUUGGACCCGCUAUAACCCCGGCACGGAGUCCGUCGAGAUCGGGCCGGGGGCCAUUGGAAAUAUCUGCUGUACGGGGCGCUGCGGGAGCACGGGCGCGUCGUUGCCGGCGGUCGCGAUGGGAACGUCGGCGACGGGGGCUUGCUACUCUGCGGGGCUUGCUGUUCAUUGGUAUACCUAA